AUGAGCUGGGCUUUGGAAGAAUGGAAGGAAGGCCUGCCCACACGGGCGCUGCAGAAAAUUCAGGAGCUCGAAGGACAGCUGGACAAGCUGAAGAAAGAAAGGCAGCAGAGGCAGUUCCAGCUCGAGACGCUGGAAGCGGCGCUGCAGACGCAGAAGCGGAAGGUGGAGAAUGAGAAAACCGAGGGCAUCAACUUGAAGAGGGAGAACCAGAGCUUGGUGGAGAUAUGCGAGAGCCUGGAGAAGGCGAAGCAGAAGAUCUCUCACGACCUGCAGGUCAAGGAGUCCCAGGUGAAUUUCCAGGAAGGCCAGCUCAGUGCCAGCAGGAAGCAAAUCGAGAAACUGGAGCAAGAGCUCAAGAGGUGUAAGUCUGAACUUGAAAGAAGCCAACAGGCCGUCCACUCUGCAGAUGUCUCCCUGAAUCCAUGCAGUACACCCCAAAAAAUGUUUGCAACUCCACUGACGCCCAGUCAUUAUUAUAGCGGUUCCAAAUAUGAAGAGCUGAAAGAAAAAUAUGACAAAGAAGUUGAAGAACGAAAAAGACUGGAGGCAGAAGUGAAAGUCUUGCAGGCUAAACGAGUGAGCCAGCCGCCCCCCCAAAGCACCAUGAAUCACCGCGACAUUGCCCGGCACCAGGCGUCCUCGACCGUGUUCUCCUGGCAGUGGGAAGACACCCCCAGCCGCCUCUCCUCCAGCGCCCUGAAAACGCCCGGCAGGAGAGAGCUCUCCGCGGCUCACGCGCCAGGGGAGGGCGAGGGGACUCCGGGCAGGUGGACUCCCCAAGCAGGCGUGAGAAAUGCCGGCGGUGGCGCCUGUGAUAACGCCAGCAAUUCUCAGCUGCCGGAUCAACUGAAGGCCCAGAAUCAAGAGCUGAGGAGCAAGAUUCACGAGCUGGAGCAACGUCUGCAAGGACAGGAAAAAGAGCUCAAAGGCCAGGGGGCCAGAUUCCAAGAGCUCCGCCUCCAGCUGGAGAAAGCGACCACGGAGCUGGCUGACAAGGAGAAAGUCUUGAAUAAAAGCAGGGAUGAGCUGGUGAGAACCACCGCGCAGUCCGACCAGGCCUCCGCUAAGUGCGCCGCCCUGGAGCAGAAGCUGAAACGGCUGACCGAAGAUCUGAGCUGUCAGCGCCAGAACGCGGAGAGCGCCCGCUGCUCCCUGGAGCAGAGAAGCAAGGAGAAAGAGAAGGAGUUUCAGGAGGAGCUGUGCCGGCAGCAGCGGGCCUUGCAGGCGCUGGAGCAGGAGGGCGCCCAGGUGAAGGCCAGGCUGACGCAGGAGCUGCAGCAAGCCAGGAGCGCCCAGGGCAGCCUGCAGGCCGAGCUGGACCGAGUCACAGCAGCAAAACACCAGCUCGAAAAGAGCUUGGACGAGUUCAAGCACAAGUUCUGCAGAGCCGAACAGGCCUUGCAGGCGAGUCAGACCCAGGAAGACGCGCUGAGGAGGAGCGUGGAGCUUCCCGCUCCCGGCUGCCGGCUGGACUCGCUGUGUCGGAGCCGGAGCCUGGCUCGCUGGCCGGGUGCCGUGCCUGGCCUGCGGGGGAUCCUGCAGCCCGUCCUGUCGCACCUGGGCUUCCCGGCUUCUAGAUCGCGGAAGGGACGCUGGCUGCCCGCCCGGGGCGGGGAGUGCCUGCCCCCGGCCUGCUGGCCAGUGUCUCUGGGCGCAGUGGCCCCGACGGCUGACGGCUCCCGCCCAGCCUGGUGUGGGAGGCCAGAAGGAAAGUUAGAGCGUCUCUACAGUUCCCGAGUCUGGGCUGCAGACACGAAAGUGCUGCUGGGUGCAGCGAGAUCGAGAUCGCUGCUCCUGGCCAUCUGGGGGCGAGGUCACCCGGGAGCCGUGGCCAUCCAGGGCACGGGGCUGCAGGCUAAAGCAGCUGCAAAGGCGGUGUCUCAGGAGGGCCUGUUAAGAGACCUUCAAGAAAAGAUAAGUCAGCAGGAGAAUCCCCUGCUGCUGGAGAAGCUGAGGCGGGCCGUGGCUGACCUGGAGCAGCAGCGGGACUGCUCCCAGGACCUCCUCAAGAAGAGGGAGCACCACAUCGAGCAGCUGAACGAGAAGUUAAGCAGGACUGAGCAGGAGUCCCGGGCCGUCCUGAGCGCGCUGGAGUGCAAGAGCAAAGAGUGCGAGGAGCUGAGCCAGGAGAAGACCCAGUUUUCUCUCUGGAAGCAGGAAAACGAGCAGCGACUGCAUCAGGUGGCGGCAGAACGGGAAAGCCUGCAGGGCCAGGUCAGCCACCUGGAGACCUGUCUGAGGACGCAGCAGGCGAGGAGCCUGGAGUGCAGCGAGCGCCUCGCCGCCCUGGAGCUGGAGCUGGAGCUGGAUCAGAAGCGGCGCGCGGAAAUGGACAGCGUGUGCUCAGAGGUGGCGCGGCUCCAGGGGCAGGUGGCCGACCUUGAGCGCGAGCUUCAGGUGCUGUCCGGCGAGCUGGCGGACCGAGAGCAGCGCUGCCAGGACCUGAGUGCCCAGUGCGAGAGCCUCCGGGGCGCGGGCCGCUCCGGGGGCCCCCCGCUGGGGGCAGGCCCGGCCCAGCAGGCCCACGGCGGAAGUGUUCCGGCUUUCGAGCAGCAGCCGGCCGGGCAUGAUCCCUUGGCAAGCCUCGCGGGGCAACAGGAGGGCCUGCCUUCCGAGAGGAGCCACGCCGCCCCGAGCCCCUCAGGCUCAGGCAUCUUGCAUGAUAAAGUCGCCGCACUGGAAUGUUCCCUCGAGUCCCAGAAGCAGCGGAACUCAGAUCUGCAAAGGCAGUGCGAAGAGUUGGUGCAAGUGAGAGCAGAAACAGAAGAAAAUCUCAGGCAGGCAGAGCAGCUGCAUCAGGACUUCGUGGCUGCGACCAGUCAGCGUAUCAGUAAGCUGCAGGAAGACAAUUCUCUCCAUCAGCAGGUCGUUGCCGAGACGGUCGGUGCCCUCAAGGACAAAGAAAAGGAGCUGCAGCUGCUGACCGAACAGCUCGAGGCUCAACAGGCCGAGACGCGAGAGGCUGAAGUGAGGAGCCGCUCGCUGGAAGCCGCUGUCAAGGAGCUGCAACUUCUGUCAGAAACCCUGAGCUCGGAGAAGAAGGAAAUGAGCGCGGUCAUUUCUCUCCGGGCAGAGGAAAUCCACGAACUGGCCCAGGAGAAUGGGAGGCUGAAGGAAGUGAAUGCAAGCUUGGGUCAGGAGAAGAGGGACUUACUCCAGAAAAGCGAGAGGCUCUCACUGCUCGUGGAGGAGAAGGAGAGGAGCUUGUCAGAGCUAUCCAGCCAGCACCAGCAGGAAAGGCUGGCUCUCCUGCAGAGGUGCGCGGAAGCCCGAAGCGCCCUUGAGGAGCUCAGCGCAAAGUACGAGGCAGGCCAAGAACAGAGCUCGCAGCUGGAAUGCUUGCUCAGCCGGUGCACCGGUGUCUGUGAAAACAGGGAGAGGGAGUUGGAGCGGCUGCGGGAGGCCUUUGCAAGGGAACACCAGGCGUGUGUGGCAGAACUGGCUCUAGCGGAAGAGCGAAACCAGCGCCUGGAGCGGGAGCUGGAGGCCGCGCAGCGCCGCGCGGCUGAGCCCCCGAGCCGGCCCCAGGGCGAGGCUGAGGCCCCGGAGCAGGCCAUCAGGGCGUUAGAGGAAGAGCAGACGGCGGCGCAAAGGCAAGUCCAGGCUUUAUCCCAAGAGAGCCCCCACCUGCGGGAGUCAGCGCAGACACAGAGCGAGCGCCCCGACCCGCAGCCGCGCCCCGCUGAGGAACACGCCGGCUGCGCGACCGAGUGCGGCCACGCGCCCCUGCAGGCGGCUCUGGCCGCGUCAGACCCUUCUCCAGACCGGCGCGGUGAGCUGAGGCGCUCAGAAGCUCAGGCAGGAAACCUGGAGUUGAGGCUUCAGGGGCGCGAGCUGGACAAGGAGCGCCUGCGGCCAGAGUCUCCGGCCGCCAAGGACCCGGCUUCGGCCCGGGACCCUCGGCCUGCAGAAGCCAGUGCCCCUCAGGACGCCCCUCAGGACUGUGACAUGGACGCGGAAGGAGAGUGCGCCUCGCCGCACGGCGAGUGGCCGGCAGGCGGCCCUCUGCAGGCGGCCCUGAGCAAGCUGGCGGAGCUGGAGGCCCUGUGCGGCUCCCUGCGGGCGGAGAAGCUGGAGCUGCUGUCCGAGCUCGAUGCGGCCAGGUCGGAAUGUGUCGAAGCAACCAGCAAGAUGGCAGCGGAGGUCGAGAAGCUGGUGGGCGAAGUGAGGACCCUGAACCAUGCAGGCAGCCUCCUCCACAGCGAGCUCGUGACAGAAGCGACAGAAGUGCCAGCAGCCACGUUUGGGGCUGAGCACACGCCCGCGUCCCCAGCACCCCCGGGCGACAGCAGCUUCAGCGAGCGCCUGGCGUCGUCGGGCAGGGAGGUGCAGGCACACUUCGCCGAGCUGCAGGCGCGGGUCACCUCGCUGCAGCGCGAACACAGGGCUUUGCACCAUCAGCACUGCCAGGUGCGCUCCCGGAUGGCCGCGCUGCAGGCCUACGUGGGCACGUUGCAGGCCAACACCUCAGCAUCAUACGUGGACCCGAGGGACGCCGAGGGCGACGCGGCGAAGGAGGUGACACCGGGGCCCAGGGAGGGGCGCUGUCUGUGGGACAGCCCCUGCCCCGCAGGCCUUCGAGAACUCACGGCAGAGACAUCCCUUUUGAGCCAUUCAGAGGGGGACGAUGUGACAGACCAGUCCAGGGCCGAUGACACCCUGAGCAGCAGCCUGGGGGAGGAGGCUCUGGCCCCGGGGGGCCCCCCACCUCCCCCCGGGGAGCGUGUGGAGGCGCUGGAGGCGAGGUGCCAGACGUACCUGCAGUCCCUGCGGCAGCUGGAGGAGAAGAUGGAGCGUGAGGGCCUGCUGAGAAAUGAGGAAAUGCAGGCACUGCGGCAGCUGCUGGGCUCCGGGAGGGACGCGCUCGACGGCCUCCGGCGGGAGUACCUGUCGGAAAGGCAGCAGUGGGAGCAGCGGCUGGCCCGCGUGACCGCGGACAUGGAGUGCAGGCUGGCGGCCGAGAAGCAGCAGACGGAGCAGCUGGCCCGGGAGCUCGAGGUGGCGCGGCUGCAGCUGCAGGGCCUGGACCUGAGCUCGCGCUCGCUGCUGGGCGCCGACCUGGAGGACGUGAGUACCCGGGGCGCGGCCGCUUCCCGCCACAGGCCUCCAGAAUCAAAGCCUGUGGCUCCCCCUGCUCCGGGAAGCGAGAGCUGUGACUCAAAAGAACCAGAAGGAAAUACCUCAGGAAGCGGGGAGGGCGCGCACGGGCGAGGCCCCCACGCGCCCUGUGACGACCAGCCCGGCCUGCCCCAGUCGCAGGGAGGAGCCCAGCCCCAGACCCCCCGGCGGCAGCGCGACAGCCUCGGAGGCCGCCCCCCAGCGGGCAGCCCUGAGCCGUCCCCCGCCGGCCCCGGCGCCCCGGAUCUCCUGGACUUCCCGGGGAGUCCAGUGACCGGCGAGAAGCUCCGAGCGCGGGUCCAGGAGAUGUCGCGUGAGAACGCGAGACUGCGGCAGGCCGUCGAGGAACGCGACCGGAGAGUGGAAGGCUUGCUCGGCGAGGUGGAAGAGUUGGGCUCCAAACUCGAGCUCCAGGAAGCCCAGGUCGCCGCCCAGACCGCGGCGUGCCUGCAACUGGAGGGGGUAGUGGGGCGACUUGAGGAAGAAAAAUCAGCCUUCAGUGAGCAGUCGGACCCCCCUGCCGACGCAGAGCAGCGGCCGCCCGCGGGGGCGGGCGCCGCGCCCGCGAAUGCCGGCUGGAGGGAGCGGUUUCUCUCCGUGGAGAAGGAGCUGGAGCGGUUGAGCGCGCAGCACGCCGGCCUGGAGCGCCAGGCCCUCUCCCUGGGCGCGGCCUUGGAGAGAGCCCAGAGGGAGAAGCUGUCGCUGGCAGAGGACAGCGCCAGGAAGGGCCAAGUCAUAGCCCGUCUGGAGCGGCAGCUCUCCGGGGGCGCCCCGCUGCCGGGGGGCGCAGUGAGCACCCUGGCGCGGAGGGAGUCGGGGCUGCAGAGGGACGUGCAGGAGCUGGCGCAGAAAAUGGCAGCAAUGGAGGAAGACCUGAGCGGGGAGAAGAGCAGGCUCACGGAGGAGCUGAGACUCAAGUCGGAAGAAAUAAAGAGCAGCGAUGUGGCCCCAGCGUCCUGUCUGGAGGACAAGCGCAGUCACGGCCGGCGUGUGAAGCUGGCACGUUCUCGGGGGUUUGCUGAUAUCCCGACCGGAAAGACGAGCCCCUACAUCCUUCGGAGAACCACCCUGGCCACCAGGACCAGCCCCCGCCUGGCUGCCCAGAAGUUAGCGCCCUCCCCCCUCAGUCUCGACAAAGAGAAUCAAGCCGAGCCCUCCAAGCCAGCAGCCGGGGGCAGCAGAUCACAGAAGCUGGGCAGCGCGGACUGUUGCUGGAAGUUGCUGGAGCAGCUUCAGGAGUUCAGGCUCUGA